CCUCUUCUCUCCUCUUCUUGGCGUAACGUCCUCACUGGGACAAAGCCUGCUUCUCAGCUUAGUGUUCUAUGAGCACUUCCACAGUUAUUAACUGAGAGCUUCCUCUGCCAAUGACCAUUUUGCAUGUGUAUAUCGCACCCUACACACCAGUCAAACGGUUUGACCAACAUUGCCACCGCCCCCAGGUUGGUCGAACCAGCGAAUGUUUAUGCAACCGUAUGACGAACUGCCAAAUCGUGUUGCACCAACAUGUCACUUUGGUUGCACCAACAUCAUCCCCCAUUUGAAAUCGCACUAUGUUUGUGCAACAACACUACACACGGUACGAUCGGUUCGUCAAACAUUGGCUCCGCCCACCGUUGGUUUGAGUAAAAUCAAACUGGUUUGAUUUUUGCCGACCAAACCGUCAACCGUCAAAUCGGUUUGACGAACUGCCAAAUCGGUUCGUCAAACAGCAUCACACACGGUCAAACACUGCACCAACUCAACCACCAACCUGGGGGCGGAGCCAAUGUUGGUCAAACCGUUUGACUGGUCUGUAGGGUGCCUAAUGAGUCAGCUGGAAACAUUUCAAAGCGACAGCAUUCGACAGCACAGUCAAAUCUGUCGUCGCAGUCUAUGAAAAUGAUGCUCCCAACUGACCGAUCACCACAGGAUGAGAUUCAGCAGCGAAGCUCCAGCGUGUUUCUCAAUAUACACACAAACGAACAAAUUCUACUCGCCAACGAUUGUACAGACCCGAUCGAAUGUAAACUUUCACCAUUCGUACACCCGAGUACACCAUCGGGUAAAUCAAAUAUCGGCAAACAGGAACAAAUGGAAAUUUCCUCGAUGACCAUGGACAAUCCACUCGAAGAUCUGCUGACAAAAAUAAGCUCAAUCAAUCCGGAUAUCGAUUUCUCUCUUCUAAAGACCAAGGCAUUCAAACGUAAUUUGGCUGAAGCAAUAGCUACCGAUCACCGAAAUAGUGUGUUCUCAUUCGAGCCUCAGUUCCUUGUCGCACCCGUGCCGCCAGAUCCAGCGCCGCCUCCCAUUCACAUCUCCGUUACUUCCAAUACCUGGACUAAGAAUUAUUUGGUCAGCAAGCAUACCAUCAUUCUCGUCAUCGGCAAAACGAUCGUUGGGAUUGAAAUGGAUACCUUCAGCCUUCAUCACCAUGUACUAACUACAAGUCGACCGACUUGUUUACAAAGCAAGCGUCUUCUACUGGUGUUGGUGGAGAAGUAUCUACACUUCGUUAGAUUGAAGAUGGAGUCGAACACGGCGAUAUUGUCUACGUUCGAAUACGAGAUGAGCGAUACCACUAAGCUGCCGAAAAUGAGUACUGAGUGGUCGACCAACGUCUAUGUGGAUUAUCUGCAGUUUCGAGCAGAGAUAGAGAAGAAACGUGUGAGUGAAGAUCAUGUACGGUAUGUUUGCCACUGCUAUUGGUGUUCCUUACGUUGUAGCAGUGAUCAGUUCGUCUGUACCAAAUCCAGUUUCGUCCAACUUGUUUACCAACAAAUAGUUGCCGUAAAUUGUGCCCAUAGUGAUUCAACAGCACGUAUACGUGAAUCGGUUAAAAAUCGCUCUAGCAACGCACUUCGAUACAAGUCUUCAUUGUCGACGGCGGUACAUUCCAGCCUUUAUUGUCACCGUUGCCGUUCCAGAUCCUCAAGUCGAAGGUUUUGGCAAAAACGGUUUCGCGAAGGUCGUAUAUCCGUAUGGUACUGUGAGACAGAUCGUGUCAGCCACUAUCGACAAAGGGAACGCAAGACGAGCUUCCGAAGCCUUUCAUUCAAGCGUAACAGUUUUCUAAGAAGUUCGACAAUCGAAUCAAAGUCGCGAAGGAUGAAUGACAGGACUAAAAACGUUUCUAAGAAGGAAGGACAUGCAGUGCAACAUUUGAUAAAAACACUGUGUACUGUCGAUCCGCGUCUACCGUUUCCAUCAGUUGUAAUGAUGGUUAGUAUGACGGAUACGUUGAUGCUUCAGAUUUUUUCGAACGUAUGUGAAGAGAUGCAAUCACUGAUGACUGUGACACCCGUUACCGUUCCAUCACUGAAUAUUCAACAAGAUGCAAGAUGUUAUAGUGACUUUCACUGUUACAACAAUCAGGAUAGUCUACUGGAUUAUAACAACUUAUCGACUCAAGUUAGUGAACCAGAUUUUGAUUGUGGAGGCCACGAGAACUGUGCUUGUUCUGGCGAUACUUGUUAUACCAUUGAAUACGCAAUAUUUAAGAUCAUUUGAAAAACCUCUAGCAUUAUAAUGACAGUAAGGAAGACAGGCCAGUAUCCAAUAGAUAAAGAAAGCAAUGAUUAUAUCAAGAAUGCCAAAUGUUGCGAGUUUGAACAAGUAGAACCGUCUUUAGGGAAUUUUGUACAAUUUGAGCAAAAAUGUCAUAGUAUCUAUGGUAAAACUGGAACCGAUGGCCAGUGUUACGGGGGGGAGAAUGUUGCUGGCAGCACUGCCCAGUAGCCGAAUGAUUCCAUCAAGAAGAGCAAAAUGUCAAGAGAAGAGAAAUGUCACAUUGAAUAGAGAAGAUUUAGGUGCAAACUCCUGCAGGUGAAAAUUAUAUAAAUUGCUACUAAAUUAUUGAAUUGUUCCUAAAUUUCUAAGUCUACUUACAGCCUAUAAUUAAAAUAGUGUAAUGUCUAAAUGAAAAAUUAUUCAAAAGUGUAAUUAUCAUAACUAUCGUCGAUCACAGUAAGUACUAUAUGAUUGAAGCAAAACAAAAGUAUAACCUUAAAUCUACUAUCACAGAUGUAUUACCACAAUGUUACGGACGAUCAUGCAACUAUUCUAAUUAGAGCUUAAACCGAAUUAUGUAAGUGUUUUCUACCUAAAUGAUUAUAAUUUCCAUAAUUAACCUAAUGAAUUAAUAAAUUCCAGCUUAAAGCUGUUUUCGCACCCAAAAUACGGAGUCUGCGAUCUGCUAAAUAGAAUUCGGCUAAAAGCCUCACGAAACCCCAUUUAUCGCCGUAACAAGUAUUAUAUCUUCUUGCCUUCCUGUCUAUCCGUAUUCUGUAUCUUCUCUGUCUUCUCUGUGUUCUCUGUCAUCUCAAUCUUCUCAGUCUUCCUGUCUUUCUGUCUUCCUGUUUUCAUGUCUUCCUGCUUUUUCGUAUUGCUAAAA